AUGGCUAAUCUAAAUCCCGCGGCUUAUACUAAUGGUAUUAACUUAACAAAUGGAAUAGUUGGCGUGCAAAACGCUCCCAGAGGUUUGGCUCAUAUGCACCUAGCCAUGGGACAAACACCUCACACACUCAACCCAGCAAUGCCGCAAUAUGGUCUUGGGAUUCCAAUGCUGGCUAACAUGCCGGCCAUAAAUAAUCCCAGAUUACAAGGACAAAGACAAAUGGCAUUAGCUCAAAAUCCGUCACCACCUAUUUCAUUUUUCCAAGUAAAUUUUGAAUCUGGUGUCACAUCAAUACAGCUCACAAUGAGUAGUAUCAAAGAAAAUUUAAGUCAUCCGAUUCUCAUCAACAAUGGCUUUGCAGCACCAGUUAGCACUGUUGAAGCAAAGGCCUCAAUGAUAUAUAAUUAUGAAGAUGGAUCAAGGGUCGCUGAAGGUGUAGUGACAUUAAAUGAUUUAAUAACGACAGUAAUUACUUCAAAUAAAGGACCCUUACAAGCUUUAAGUGCCCUGGCAAAUCCAGAACAAAAGCCACAAAAUAUCAUAAAUCAAUCGAACGAUACUCCACUAACACCAGGCCCAUCACCAUCUGAAAUACCUGCCAAAACCCCUAAAGAAAAGGUUGAGAAUACAACCACGGAUAAUAAUACACAACAAUCCACGACAAAUGACGUAUCAGUACCAUCACCGUCAACAUCAAAUGCAAUUGCAAAACAAGAAUCUCCAUCAGUGAAACCAAAAUCUCCAGUUUUAAGUGAUAUUGUGGAGUUUUUAUUAGAUAAUGGUUCAGACGUGAAUGCUGCCGAUGAGGCAUAUUGGACUCCUCUACAUAUUGCUGUUUCAACAGGAAAUUUAGCCGUGACAGAAAAACUUUUACAAUUAGGUGCCACCGUCAAUGCUCAAAAUGAGAUGGGCCUUACUCCAUUGCAUUUGGCGUGCGAAGAAGGCUACGGUGAUUGUGCAUUAGUGCUGAUUGAAAAUGGUGGUGAUAUUACACUCGAAAACGAGCAAAAGAAAACCCCAUUGGAUUUGUGUAAGAAGCAAAUGAGAGAUUUCAUUUUACAACAAACUUCGACAGAGGAAUAA